AGUGCGGUAGGCUGACUUGUCGAGAUCACCAGAUUCCCCGCGAACCCGCAUUGAAUAGAACAACUUGUCAGGUGCCUCCUGAGCGGCACAGAGGAGGUAACGAUAUCGGGUUGGUUAAAUUCGCUGUUGUGAUUUAACUCCUAGAGGAGGGGGAGCGAGGUGGAAGUCCUGGUGGAACAUAGGUGCUUGCACUAAUGUGCAGGUUGGGCGUCUGAGUGAGGGUGAAACGUCCAACGGGAGCACAAUCGGUGCUCGGAUUCCCUGCCCCGUGUGAAGUCAGGACUAUGCUGCCAGAAUGUUGGCCAGGAAGAGCAUCAUCCCAGAGGAGUACGUCCUGGCCCGGAUCGCGGCUGAGAAUGUCCGGCAGCCCCGCUAUACAAUACGUCCUCGCCAACCCCGCUUCAUUAACAAGAACGGAGCUUGCAACGCGGCGCAUAAGAACAUCAGGGAGCAAGGUCGCUUCCUGCAGGAUGUCUUCACCACCUUGGUGGACCUGAAGUGGCGCUACACCCUUUUCAUCUUCACCAUGUCCUUCCUCUGCAGUUGGCUACUCUUCGCCAUGAUGUGGUGGCUGGUGGCCUUCGCGCAUGGAGACCUGGACCACAGACAGAGCGCGCCCUUCGAGCCGUGCGUCACCAAGGUGAGGUCGUUCACCUCGGCCUUCCUUUUCUCCAUCGAGGUGCAGGUCACCAUCGGCUUCGGCGGCAGGAUGAUGACCGAGGAGUGCCCCAUGGCCAUCACCGUGCUCAUCAUGCAGAACAUCUCGGGGCUGAUCAUCAACGCCGUCAUGCUGGGCUGCAUCUUCAUGAAGACGGCUCAGGCUCACCGGAGAGCGGAGACCCUGAUCUUCAGCCGGCACGCCGUGGUCGGCCUGAGGAACGGCAAGCUCUGUUUCAUGUUCAGAGUGGGCGACCUGAGGAAGAGCAUGAUCAUCAGCGCCUCGGUCCGGAUGCAGGUUGUGAAGAAGACCACCACCACCGAGGGAGAGGUUAUCCCCAUCCACCAGAUCGACAUCCUGGUGGACAACCCCAUCGACACCAACAACAUCUUCUUGGUGGCGCCUCUCACCAUCUGCCACGUUAUAGACAAGCGGAGCCCUCUCUACGAGAUCUCGGCCAGCGACCUGCAGCACCAGAACCUGGAGGUGAUCGUCAUACUGGAAGGCGUGGUGGAGACCACUGGCAUCACCACCCAGGCCAGGACGUCUUACAUCGCCGAGGAGAUCUUGUGGGGCUACCGCUUCGUCCCGAUCGUGACCGAGGAGGACGGAACCUACUCGGUGGAUUACUCCAAGUUCGGCAACAGGAUCAAAGUGGCGACUCCUCGCUGCACGGCCAGAGAGCUGGAUGAGAAGCCCUCCAUCCUGAUCCAGACCCUGCAGAAGAGUGAGCUCUCGCACCAGAACUCGCUGAGGAAGCGGAGUUCGAUGAGGCGAAACAACUCAAUGAGGAGGAACAACUCUUUCUUAAAUAAAGUGCAGUUUUUUACUCCGGAUAGCACAGAGUACUGAUAAAUUCUAUUAUUGACUGGGGAAUGAAUUUUAUAAAGGUGCAUGCAUUUUGUUUGGAAUUUUACAAGUUUUCAAACGAGACGCGACUUGCAGACUGAGAGAGAUAUCUCGAAUAAAAUUGUUAUUUUUCUUUCUGUGCCCAUAUGGAAUUACUGUAUAUUACACUCUUAGGAGCUCAUUUCUACGAUGUUAACUUUUUCCUGUUAGAUAUUCCGUAAAUCCAUGCGAAAGUUAGCGAGUCCUUUGCGGUUCCGCACGACACUUCGCUGUUUGCCAAGAAUUUGUCUCGGACUUCAUUGGCAAUGCAUCAUUUAUUGAUGGAACAAUCAACCAAUGAGGUGAAGGAUGCGUAACAGGUCAUCCACUGCUCGAUUAACUUCAAUAAGCAAGGGAACAGAGAAUCUCCGCUAUAGUUUUCUUUUUUUUGUGGUUCCGGCUAGCAUCCUGGAGGAAUCUCCUGCUCCCUGAAUGUUUCUCCUCACGCCCUUUACCCUUGCAUCUUGCCCCCACUUUGGCAAGUGUCAAGUUCCGAGUUCAGUCCCUUCUCUUGCCUUUCUUCACCAGCACGGUUUACAUGACUGUGGAAAUUAUUUAAAUUAGAGUCCGUUUAUCUUUAUUUAAUUAGUUCAGUUGAAAGAAAUUGACCAAACGUUGAUCUUAUUUCUCUGUUGCUUUGAGGAUUAGUCUGAGCCCUGUGUCUGAGCAGUGGGACAAGACGAAGGUGCGAUAGAGAAGGGUUUUUGAUAGUGAUGAUAAGGGAAUAGGACUUAGAGAAACCCUUUAAAACGAGAACGGAAGGGUGAAGGAGAUAGAUGGUGUUAAUGAGUUUUGUUGACUGCUGACUGAUGCCACAGGAUAUAAUAGACUGAGCUUGUGACAAUAUAUAUGGGAUUUUCACAGGAAGAAUGCUCUCUCAGAACGUGGUUUAUGUAUCACUAAUAUACACUGAGACUUAUCUUGAGCCUUAGAGCAAAUGGAAUGUAAACAUGUGCUGUUCUGUAACUCUUUCCACUCAAAUAUGCCUAUAAAAUUUACAAGGACUGGGUACUAUAGUGUGUCAAGACUGAAGGCCAAUAAAGAUGUCAAAAUAUCCCACUUGAGAUAGAGU